CAGGCAUAUCGCUGGGCGCCUUCAGGCCCUCCUUCCUUUUCCUCGUCCCUGAGCGAGCCGACGCCAAGAUGAACGACACUGUCACAGUUAGGACUCGGAAGUUCAUGACAAACCGCUUGCUUAACAGGAAGCAAAUGGUUCUCGAUGUCCUGCAUCCUGGCAAAGCAACUGUCCCCAAGAUUGAAAUCCGGGAAAAGCUUGCCAAAAUGUACAAGACCACCCCAGAUGUAGUGUUUGUUUUCGGCUUCAAGACUCAGUUUGGAGGUGGCAAAACAACCGGUUUCGCCAUGGUCUACGAUUCACUGGACUCUGCCAAGAAGAAUGAGCCCAAAUACAGACUGGCCAGACAUGGUCUCUAUGAGAAGAAGAAGACCUCAAGAAAACAGCGCAAGGAAAGAAAGAACAGGAUGAAGAAAGUACGAGGCAUCAAGAAAGCCUCCGUCGGUGCUGCUGGCAAAAAGUGAGACCUUCAGGGAAGAUCAUCCUGAAAAUGUUCUUGUAUAUUGUCAACAAAUAAAUUGUAAAAAAAAAAAAGUCUUAUGUUUUCUUUGC